UUUCACGGCUUUUAAAUCGCUGAAUUUGAGAAGACGCAACAGAGUUGAACAUAUAUAUAUCUAAACUCAGAACAGGAGUAAAAAUACGAAGCUGUCAGCGCUCGUUUUUUGCUGUAAAUGCAGUUUCGCAGCUCGCUCCCGUAAAGCUUUCAUUGUUGACGUUGUUUUGUUGUACUGCGUUUUACGCAAUAGGACGUCUGAGCCAUUUAACUCGACCUAGUCAUUGUUUCACCUUCCGAAAAUUACUCUCGACCUGAGUUAGUCUGCCUCAGUUCCGACUGUAACGCCUUUGUUCUUCUUUUUUUUUUAUCGACGUGACAGUGUUUCACUGUACUUUCCUUUGAAGUUGUACAAAACGUAAAGACUUCGACAUUUUUUUUUUUUGACAACGGGCAGCAUUCCAUCAUUCUGCUCGCCUAAAUACCUUUAUCCGAGUUUAUUACAUUGGUUUCCACUUGUUACUUAAAGUGUAUAUUCUUCGUCCUUCUCUGUACUGAAUGAAUGGACUUUAAAUGCGCAUGCGUGCUGGACCUGGACGUUUAUAAACAAGGCAUCGUCAUAGGACAAUAGUGAUGUAAUAGUUACAUUAUGGUUUGGGAGGUGAAAAAUCCACCUCUUCCAUCAAGCGACUCCCAUGAUUGCAACAUGCAACAGGUUGACCAUCAGACUCAAUACACAGGAAGAAUGAGCGCUGACGGGGCCCAGGCUCAUGAUCCGCUACACUGUGACGAACACUUCCUCUCCUCCCCCGGCAUCCCCACCAGCGACAGCUUCAUGGAAUAUGACGACCUGCCAGACCUCCAGGAGGUUCGGGAGGAACUAACGGCGGCGCCCGUUUACCAGGUGGAGCUUGGUGUGUCGCACCAGGAGCGGCCUCAGCCUCCAGAGACGCUCUGGCUCACACAGCUGGCUCACAUCGCCACGGGGCCCCAGAGCCCGCUUCUACAGGACCUGCCUCACAGCAGCUCCUCUGCAGUCUGCAUCCCCGGCACCAGCAGUGAUCUACACUCCUACGCCCGUCCUCCACCUACUCUCCCGAUCAGCUCGUCGCCCUCUAGAGUUCACAGCAGGGAGCGACAUCGCAGCAGGACGAGCAGUGAGUGUGGCUCUGCCGUAUCAACCAGGUCCUCCCUGUCUGAUGAUGAGGACAUGGGCUGGAGUUUCUCCUGUCCACCCACAGUCUGGCACUGCUUUCUAAAAGGUAGAUCUGUGAGCAGAACAAUCCUGGAGGGAAGGGUGUGAUCUUCAAAAAGGAUUUAAAGCUUAACCCAAGGAAGUUGGGACUGAAAAUGUCUGGAGUUAGGAAAAAGUAAUUAGGUAUUAAUGAGGAAAAAUGACUAUUUUUAGUGU